AUGCCGAGGCCUGGAAUUAUUCGGGCUGAUACCCUUGAUCUUCAGAAUCAAGAUGCGCCUUCGGCUCAAGAUCAUUCCAAGCAACCCAUACAAUCCACCGUCUACCUGGAGAGCGGCCGGCCUGCUCCCCACCAACAAAAAUCUCUCCAUGAAGCCCAGCAGGAGUCGGAGGCUGAGAUGGGCCGGGUUGCCAUUGACGAGGACAGACACCUGGACCCCAAUGGACAACGCAAUGGUAUUGAGAUCUAUGAGGAGCCUGAUGAGAUGGACAGCGACUCCCAGCAACUUGAACAUCAUAAUUCACAAUACGAUGGUGACACAACGGGUGGCUCUGAGGAGGGCGAUUUUGUUGAUGGUGAUGAUGACUUGAUGGAUGACGACUUCAUGGACAAGAUUUCUAGCUCUCCGUCCAUCGAUGAUGAGGAUAUUGAUUUUGAAUUUGUUUAUGCGCUCCAUAAUUUUGUCGCAACUGUCGAGGGGCAGGCAAAUGCAGCGAAGGGAGACACCAUGGUCCUUCUAGAUGACAGCAACAGUUAUUGGUGGCUCGUACGAGUUGUGAAAGAUGGCAGCAUUGGAUACCUUCCCGCUGAACACAUCGAAACCCCUACUGAACGACUUGCCAGGCUGAACAAACACAGAAAUGUCGACUUGUCUGCAACUAUGCUUGGCGAUAAUCCGGAGAAGUCCAAGAACCCCUUGAAAAAGGCGAUGCGUCGAAGAAAUGCAAAGACUGUUACCUUCACAGCCCCAACUUUCAUCGAAGCCUCUGAAAUGGAGUUUUCCAGCGACGAGGAGCUGGAUGGUGCAGACUACUUCAAUAGUGAUGAUGAGGCGAUUUCCCAGAGGAUUGAAGAUGAUAUGCACGACAAUGAGGACAGUGAUAUUGUCAUCGAACCUCUUAAACCAAAACCGAAGGAAUCCGACGAGCCAGAAAGAGUACAGAUGAAACAGGAACCUGAGCGUGUUGAUUCCGAAGAACCGAGGUCAAGCGAAGAAUCAUCCCGGUCACAGCGAGCAGCCGAAACUACUAUCAGCAGGUCCCGGAAUGGUACUGUGCGCAACACGGAUUCGUUCUUCAAAGAUGAUUCCAUUGAAACGAAGAAGAUAUCCUUGACCCCUAACCUCCUUCGUGACGAGCUCAGCACAAGUACUCUUUCUCCUGAAGCGAAAGAGACGAUUGAAUCGAAUGACAAAGGCGUCAUCUUGAGCGAUAAAGGCAAAGACGACAAGAGACGAAAAGACAAGAAGUCCGGAAUGCUCAGUGGAUGGUUCAAAAGGAAGGAUAAGAAAACAAAGGCAGCAGAUGAUGACGCUGAAGAACCUGAGAAAUCAUCGGGAGAAUUUUCUUCGCUGUCGCCGGAAAACUCCUUUGACGGUCCGUUGUCGCCACAGGAGUCCCAGUUUCCUAAAUCUUCAGGGCAGCAACAGUACAGUAAGCCGCAGCCAAGAUCAUUUGCGGAGGCGGCCUCUGUGAAGUCGGAUACACAACUGGAAUCUAUGUCACCAGACUCUGCCCCCAAUAGAAAGGGCGCAGCUCCAGCGGCGAAGGAAUCUAUCCGACGGGUGUUCUCCCCAACGACUGAAGACUUCCCCGAGUCCACGGAGCCUACGAAACGUCCCGGAGGUUUCCAGGACCCAUCAUCAUCUCCAGUCAGCAGCAGGUCAGGCGGUUCUCAAACUCUUCCCCCCGCUGUUCAACCCAGUUCUCUGGAUUCCUCGACAUUCCCAGUUGAACGGGCAUCUGGCGAAUCCAACAGAGUGCUAGCUUCAGUUGAUCACCCAGCGGUAACAGUGCGACCUUCUGCAUCUCCUCCGGAGCCGCUUCAAACAAGUCUACGCGGUUCAGAGUCUCCGGUCGAUGUGUCACCUUUGGACCCUUCUGCACCUCGUCUAUCUAUGGACAACUCGUCGCCUUCCAUUUCUCCCAUCUCUUCACGUACGUCCCCGGUUGCCGAUGCUACCGGCGACAAAGCCGAAGCGGAAACCCCCAUUUCCGCUGGGGUUGCCUCUGUUGAGUCUGUAGCAUGGAGUGAUUCCAGUUUGCGGACGUAUCUGGACGACGGAAGCGAUAUUCGUGAUUUGUUUAUCAUUGUCCAUGACAAAUCAAAUAUCCCUCCUGCUGGCCCGGACCACCCGAUCAGUGGAAGCCUUUUCAGAGAAGAGAGCAAGCGGCUUAAAGAGAUGGCAAAUCAACUCGACGAGAUGCUUGUCGAUUGGAUCUCGAGGAGGGUACGCAACCCACCACUCUGA